AUGAGUGGAUUUACAUAAUUCAAAAUAGAAACAACAGAUAAAAGAGUAAAUGCUUACUAACCUAUAAGAAAUGUUCAACAUCAAUAAUAUAUCACGGGUGCUUAAUUAAGGUAAAUUAAUAAUUGAUUUAUUAAGGCCAGAAGAUUAUAGAGUUUAAACUAAUCCAAUAAUGUAAGAGUAAAUUACAAUUAAUGAUUAAGCAUCAUUUUAGAAGAUUNUUAUAAUGAGGGAGAACAUUCAAAAAUGAUACACUUGGAUAAUAGAUUAUUAUUUAAAGAGAAAAGAUUCAAUUUAAUUUUAUUAUAUUGA